AGUCUUGGCGCAGACCAGCAGCCGGAAGCAGAGAAGCUUCUGCACCGUUUGGACCGUCGGAGCUCCGAACUCACCUGAGGAACAGGUGCGACCAGAACCCGGUCCGGUGCGCUGCCGUCAUGGCUUUGAUCUCACUGGAUGACCUGGAGGGAUUGGACGACGAGCAGCUGGACGAUGACAUCACCGACAACGUCGAGCCAAUGGGGGACGAGGACGGCCUGCUGAGCCACUGGCAGGCGGUGGCCAGCACCCACCAGGUGUCCGUUCCUACAGAAAUGACCGGGCCGAUCCAGGAAAUGACCCGGAACCGCCAGCAGAGGGAGCCGCUGUCCUUCGUCCUGAUCGCCCGCCAUGAGAAGAUGGGCGAGGUUCUGUACGAGGAGCGGCGGUACCCGGCCGGGUUCUGGGUCAGCGCGCGGCGCAGCGAGGAUCUGUACGAACAGAGCAUCUCCCUCGCCUUCAUGAAGCUGAUGCGCUUCAUCUGCAAGGAGAACUCUGCAGGGCGCUACUUGGGCAUGACCGUACCUGUGGUCAGCAGCGUCCAGGUGAUGGAGGACGGCGAGACGUUUGAGAAGAAUGUGGAGACGGCCUUCUUCCUUCCCUCAGAGUUCCAGAGUAGCGCGCCGCGCUCCAUCGACCCAGACAUCAGCGUCACCUACCGGGAGCCAAUCAGAGUGAUUGCAAGGACGUUUUACGGGACGACCACGGAGCAGACGGUGGGCUGGCAGAUACGCGUCCUGCGGGAGCUGCUCGACCCCGGUGACCCCGGUGUCCAUGGCGACCGCUACAUAGUCGCUGUGUACGACAAUCCUGGAGCGCCGCAGCGCCGCAACGAGAUCUGGUUCAUCCGCAGAGAGCCGUAGGUCGGCCAGAGUUCACCUUGUCGAUGGACCAAUCAGAACACUCUUUUGUAAACCGUUGCUGGUCAUUCAUUGGCUCUCACGUACAGGAAGUUUCAUCUGAUUGGUCGCAGCUUUAACUUCCUGCUCCCUGACAUCACUUCCUUUUCUCCAAUAUAGUGAAGUCCCUCCACCACAAUGACAUCACUUCCUGCUAGCAGCACAUUACUUCCUGUGCUAUAAAUGAAAUACUAAAGUUUUUAAGUGUUAAACUGUUGGGAGGCGGAGCCUGAUCCACAGAGCUCCGCCUCCCUGAUGCGUUCAGUGUCUGUUCAUGAAAUCUGGAUUUUUCAUGUUUUUCUUUUCAUUUAAAAAUAUUUCAACAAA